AAUGAUACGCAUGCGAAUGUCAAACAAUGGCCGGAGCUGAGCCUCCAUCCCUGAAGGAGGCAUGUUUACAGGCUGUCAGGAAGCACUUUGCUGCUCUGGACACGGAGCAUGUGCUCGAUCUGCCAGCGGCUCUCAUGGAGGAGCUGCUUCCUCAGUUGACUGUAUGUCAACUCGAUGAGAUGCAGCCGGGGCUCAACCAGAGAGGGAUAUCAACUCACUGUGGUUGGGCUGGCAUUCUUAAGGACAUGCAUGGACCUAACUAUGCAGUGGACUUGCUCACUGAAGACGGGGCCAAACAUGAAGUCAUGAGGAUGCUUUUUCCACCCCUAUUUUACGGCCUAACCAACCACUUUGUCGAAAAAAACCUUACAAAUUUAAGCACAUCAUCCUUCAUGUUGGCGGCAGCUAAAUGUAUCAAACAUUUUUUACUCUAUGCAAGCUCCCACAAACCCCUUCAAAGUUUAAUUGCUGAGCAGCAGCCUCUUCUGAACCUUCUAGAGAAGCAGAUCCGGAGUGUUGGAGUGUUGCAGUCCAUUGAUCUUUUAAAGAGGAAGACACAAGCAGCGUUGUACGUUCUCCAUCGACUGCUAGACCACGGUGUGACAAAGAAAAUAGUUGUGGAUGUGCAGUGUCCCAUUGUGCUGGCCUGGCUCCUCCAUGGAAGGGGAUCCCAGUAUGAAAAUCCAGAAUUGAAGAGCCUCAUGCUCAGCAAGAAGGGAAGCUUUGUUUUACAAGCUGUUUCAACCAGUGCAGAUGGGGCCAGUUGCAGUGCUGGUCUUGAGACCAGGGCUUCAGAAGAUGAAGAGGAUCAAGUCAUACCAUGUAAACGCUCCAAGAUGGAUUUUGUGUCAUCAGAGGACGAAUCUGGAAAAGCAAGUUUCCCUGUAGAUCCAAAGGUUCUCUGUGGACCCUUCUCCCGAUGUGAUUAUCCCUCGGCAGGGGCUUGUCCACAGGGACAGAUCGAAUGUCUGGAGGUCAGGCAGUGUGGGUCUGUCUCUCUGAGUGUGCUGAGGAAAAGUCUGCCCACAUUUUUCUGCCUUCGCUCUCUAACUCUUCACAGCUUUGCCACCUUUAGGGACUCGGAUGUGUUGGACCUGGCCAGAGGCCUGAAACAGCUGUCUGAGAGCUCCCGCUGCUCCCUCACUUAUCUUAAUAUCGGCAUCCUGCCAUACACCAAGCUCAUGGAGAUACUGCUGGAUGCAGUCCCCAACGUGACGUCCCUGCACGUGGAGAUCCUCCAUAUGAUGUGGGGACCACAUCAUCACCAGACUGCCAAGUCAGACGUGUCAGAGCUGCCUCUGCAGAAGCUGACAGUCAAAGUAACUGAGCUCCAGACAGAUCUGCACUUCAUCACAUCAGUGCUGAGACGCUCUCCAUAUCUCACCUCACUUCACUUAGCUGGGAUGAAUUUACCAACUGGCUCCUCUCUGAGCCAGCUCCUCAUCACUCUUUCAGAGUCCAAUCACGGCCUGAGGAGUCUGAACUUGGAAGACUUGAAUCUGUCCGAUUGUCUCCCUGACAUCCUCAAUCUACUGAGGAACUGUCAGUUGGAAGAGCUGUGGUGUAAUGAUUGCCGCCUUCUUGAGAAGUGCAGUGACAAGGAGGACGCUUUGCAGCAGUUGGUGUCUGUUCUGAGGACAGUGCCUUCUCUUCACACUCUAAGCCUUGCUCAGAAUCGACUUACCAAGAAUGUGUGCGUGCUGUCCGAGCUGUUCUCAGGAUCCUCUCCCAGCUCAGUGAAGCGACUCAACAUCAGCUACAACUUCAUUCAGCCAGCGGAGCUGCUGGAGUUUGCUCACAGACUGAGAACACAUCGCCCCCCACAGCGACUGACUCUGGACCUCAGGAUGAACCCUGGGGAUCGAGACCCUGACACCUGGAACGCUGCUCUGAACCUGCUCCGUCCACUCUGCGUGCUGCUGCUGGAAAGGUGGAAGUCCACAGACACGAUGGUCGACCACAUCAGCAACAUGUGAACUAAUAUGACUGUAAAUAGUCAGUAUUUUUUGUACAGGUUUUCAUUUUGUCUGUGGUCAGUUUGACUUCAAUACAAGACUUCAAGACAACACUGUUCCGGAUAAAAGCUUCUCUGUCGAGUGUGUGUUCACAGAGCAUGCAGUCAAACUGCAGAGAGCUGGACAAAGCUCCAUAACUGGUUUAGACUAGUUAGUAAAGUUAUGGUAGAAAACAAAUAUUGUUGCCUUGUAAUUAGUUAUUCAUUUUUCACAACUCUGUUAUAUACACUCACUGGACACUUUAUUAUGCACACCUGUUCAAUUGCUUGUUAUCACAAAAUAGCUAAUCAGCCAAUCACAUGGCAGCAACUCAAUGCAUUUAGGCAUCUAGACGUGGUGAAGACGAUUUGCUGAAGUUCAAACCGAGCAUCAAAAUGGGGAAGAAAGGGAUUUAAGUGACUUUGAACGUGGCAUGGUUCACCGACAACUAUCUCUAGGGUUAACAGACAAUGGUCUGAAAAGAGAAUAUAUCCAGGGGGCGGCAGUUGGGUGGGAGAAAAUGCCUUGUUGAUGUCAGGAGAAUGGGCAGAGUGGUUCAAGAUGAUAGAAAGGCAACAGUAACUCAAAUAACCACUCGUUACAACCAAGGUAUGCAGAAUACCAUCUCUGAAUGCACAACAUGUCGCACCUUGAAGCAGAUGGGUUACAGCAGCAGAAGACAACACCAGGUGCCACUCCUGUCAGCUAAGAACAGGAAACUACAAUUCACACAGGCUCACCAAAAUUGGACAAAAGAAGAUUGUAAAAACGUUGCCUGGUCUGAUGAGUCUCGAUUUCAGCUGCGACAUUCAGUUGGUAGGGUCAGAAUUAGUGUCCGAUGAGUGUUUAUUUACCAAGCAUGGUAUUCAAAGUGAGCAGAGUGCAAAAAGAAUAGCAUGUGGUGUUUGACGUUUGAAUCGUUUAUUAAAUCAGCGUCUGUUACAUCUCAAAUUCUCCUCUCGGACAGUGUGAGUGACAGUGGAAAAACCUGGAGGACUGACAUCGAGCUGAAGAGCAGUUUCACAGCAGCUGUCUCACAUUGUAUUUUUUUUAAAUUAUUUAUUUUUUACAUUAGACGAACAGCAUCAACACUGACCACCAAUUCAUCAUUAGAAGGAACCAAGUAGAAAAAACAAUCAGAGAAAAGGGAUUAAAAAGAGCUUCAUGUUUCUCUAAGUAGAUUUUUUUAAAGCUAAAUACUGUAACGUAAGUUUAGUUUGUUCUUAUUGUAUAUUCUUACAUUUGAGUAAAUUCAAGUUGAAGAGAGUGAACACCGGAUGUCUGCAUGCUAAUUGGUUGAUUUGCUGGGCCUAUCUUCAACCAUUACUGACUGUUCAUAAAACAAAGACACUCACAAACACACCGGGCUGCCUCCGAGGCUCCUGAUUCACCAAGCAUUUACCAAAACUAAAAUUGAAAGAUUCAUUCCACAUUAAGAAGUCAGUUUGUUAAUUAUUAGUGAUUCAAAUAGUGACAUGAUUGGCUGCUCGAACAGCUGCUCACCCUCAUUCGAUGAUCAUAAGCAUUGUAAUCAGACAAUCAAUGGGAAGCAAAUUGGUGUAUACUGUAUUAGUGUAUGUCACAAAUGAUGUCUUGUUAGUUAGUAUAAGCUGAUCACCAGUGUUCAAACCUGGCUAACACCCAACUGUGGGUGAUCAAUAAGUAGUUCCAUCGAGCUGCUGCUCUAACCAUCUUGGGAAAUAAGAAACAACCUGCAAAUGCAGAGUUUAGACACAGCUAAGCUAGCCUCAAACCUGUCUCUGUACAGGUGUCAGGAUGAUUUCAACAAAGUGCUUCUCUGAUCAUUGAACCCCCCCCCCCCACACCUUUCUAAUAGAGAGGGGCUGCAGUGGUUGGCCAUGUGUAUGCAAAAGCAUGUAUUGUGACAAAAGGGGCUUAAUAAAGUGGCCAUGUUAUUUUGUUUUGCGA